AUGCAGAUGGUGCUGGAGGAACGGGACCUAUGGGAGGUCGUCAGCGGUGAGAUCAAGGCGGAACAGUGCGAGACUCAGUUGGACCAAGCGACGUACAAGAGGAAGUCAAGAAAGGCGAUGGCAGUGAUCUGUCUAGCCAUGGAAGAUUCCCAGCUACCGUUGGUCCGGUCGGCAAGUGGUGCAUGCGACGCAUGGUCAAGGUUGGAAGACCACUUCGAGAAGAAGAGUCUUGCCAACAAGCUGUUCUUGCGCCGUCGCUUCUUCACGACAAUGAUGGAAGAAGGCGACGAUGUGCUCGAACACAUCAACAAGCUCAAGACGCUGGCGGAACAGCUAGAAGCGGUGGGGGCUCCAGUCUGCGAGGACGAUCUGGUGAUCACACUUCUCGGCAGCCUGAGUGACUCGUAUCAAUUCUUGAUCACAGCUUUGGAGUCGCGCUCAGACACUCUUAGCUGGGAGCUCGUGAUGUCUCGACUGCUUCAUGAAGAAAUGAAGCGGAAGGAGCAAGGAAGUAAAGGUGAUGAAGCUUCGCAAGGUCAAGCGUUCAUCACAAGGGACAAUCAGCGCAAAGGGCGACCAGUGAAGAAGUCCUGGCCGUGCCACAAUUGCGGAAAGAUUGGUCACUGGAUGGCGGAGUGCCCCUCGCGCAUCCAAGAAAACACGGAGAGACACCGGCCACAGCGUGCUCAAGACAGCGGCGACCGCUAUCGAUCACAACGUGCAAACGUCGCUCAAGAAGAAGACUCGGGCGACUACCUCUUUUCGAUCGGUGAAACGACAUCUGCGAAAUCGAGCGACAUCUGGCUGGUCGACUCCGGGGCGACGCAGCACAUGACGUGCUCCAAGAAGUUCAUGCGGAACUACAAGGGGUUUGACGCUGUGGAUGUCCAUCUCGCGGAUGAUGGAAUCGUCCAAGCAAUCGGCAGUGGGGACAUUGUCAUGUCGAUGAAGGCACCCCAAGGGAUGAAGAAAGGUGUGCUCACAAACGUGUGGCACAUCCCAAAGUUAUCCAGAAACCUGUUCUCGGUCGGCCGCUUCACCAAGGAUGUCGGCCCAGUGACGUUCACGAAGGAUGGGUGCUAUGGAGAAGCGAAAGGGACCAAGUGGAAAAUUGGUGCCCGUGAAGGUAAAGGACUGUUCAAGCUGCAAAUGACUCCAGUGGCGCCGGAACAAGCAAAUGCAGCCAAGUCGUCGGGAUGUCAAGGGGGCACCAAGUCGUACCUCUGGCACCUUCGGCUUGGCCACAUAGGUCACGAUGGACUCAAUUGCAUCGUGACGAAGAACAUUGGAAUUGGCAUCGACAUAUCUUCGGUGAAGAAGUGGGACGUGUGUGAAGGUUGUGCUCUGGGAAAACAGACUCGAGUGCGCUUCCAAUCAAACACUACAGCUCGCACCUCCAAACUCCUCGAAGUGAUUCACAGCGACGUAUGCGGACCGAUGUCGAUGGCAACUUUCAGUGGAAAACGGUGA